AUUAUUUCAUUUAAUUAAAAAAAUAAAUCUAUUCCGCAAAUUAAUGGAGUAUAAACGUCUAUUUCUAUUCACACUGCUAUUGGCGAUAUGUUUUUUUAUUGGCGUGACAUGGGCUGACACGAACAGCACAGCCACCAGCAAAAUUGAGCCCCAAAAGCCCACAACAGCUACACCAUUACCAAAAGUAUUAAGCACCGGAAUUGCUCCUUCACCAAAUUCGACGACAGCUCCAAAAUGUGUAUGCGAUGGAGCACUGUUACCACGAUUGGGAGAAAAUGAAUUGGAAAUUUGUCCCGAAUGCAAAUGUAAACAUGAAGCACGCAAUACAACUUUGAUAAAAGUUGUCGUAAUCAUUGUUAUAUGGAUUAUUUCCAUACUUGUGAUAUAUAUGCUAUUCCUGAUGUGUCUGGAUCCUUUGCUGAACAAACGUGUCAAGGCCAAUUAUCAGGAGCACACAAACGAAGAUGAUGAUACUACUUCUGCUUCUCCUCCUAUGUCUUCAUCAGCUAAUCAAGAACUGAAUUCAAGAGCCAAUGUUCUUAAUCGGGUGGGCCAUCAGCAGGACAAAUGGAAGAGACAAGUACGAGAACAACGUCGCCACAUUUAUGAUAGACGCACUAUGCUCAAUUAAAAUCAUAUUUUUGAAUGCAUCUACCAAA